CAUUUUGGAUCCGAUUAAGGUUUCAAGGGUACCGUUGUGAUUCGAGCAUUGUACAUUUUGCAUGGAGGUUGACAUGAAAUUGCGCUUACAGUCCCUUUUAUAGUCACAAUCUUUGUUUGAUCGUAUAGACUUUAGAUAAUGGGCACAUUCUUUAAUUUUUAAACUGUUUUUUUCCAUUUUCAUGAAAAUUUUGAAAAAAAAGUCAAGAAUAUUUUUAACAUGUGAACAAUCUUGGUAAUCCAGCCCUCUAGUCAAAUGGUACUUAGUAGAAUUUUGGUCACCGUUUUUUUUUAUUUUAGGAAAAAAAAUUGAAUUUUGCUUUUACUGUUUUUUUAUUUUAUGAAGAAAUUAAUUUUUUUUUAUAAGCUACAGUCGAGUGCUUAAAAGGAACUCAAAAUGGAAGAACCCCCUCUGCCUCUGCAGGACAAACAAUAUCAAAACAGGCCUAACAGAGAAGCUGUGAUGAAUUCUUGGUUUAUUAAAACAACCCUGCCUAAGUUUACCGAUUUCCUUCAGCACAAAAGGAAAUUUAAACGAUCUAAAAUAAAAGAGAUAAUGAAAAUGAGGAAACUUACUAAUUACUUAACUGGGCCUAACUCCCCUGUUUUCAUUUACAACCAUGGAAAAUUUAAACAGCCUGAACUAGAAGAGGUUAAAGAAUACUGUGCAGAGUCCUCGAUUCAUGGACUCAAGUAUAUCACAGAGGAUGGAGUAUCCUGGAUACAACGGGUGCUCUGGAUUGUCUGGUUCAUCCUUGCUCUAGUCUGCUUAAUCUUACUGUUCAAACCCAUCAUGGACAAGUACAAUAAUACACCGACUAUAACUACUGUGGAAACUACCAACUAUCCAAUAUCCAACAUUGAUUUCCCUGGAGUCACAGUUUGCUCUAAUAUAAGGGUAUCAUUGCGCAGUCUUUUGGAGGCAACCCAGAAGCCACCAUGGAAUAAAUACAACACCACUUUAAAGAACCAGAUGAUAUUGAGCUUACUUAAGUACAAUACAGACCCACACCUCCUCAGAGCAACUGACCAUGAAAUGAUGGAAAAAGAAGAAAAAUUUGUCAGAAACCUCAUGUACCAGAUUACCCCAAGUUGUGAAAGAAUGUUUCUCUUUUGUAAAUGGCAAGGAAAACGACAAGAAUGCAAAAAGUUUGUGACUAUGACGAAUACAGAUGCUGGUUUCUGCUGUUCCAUAAACACUGUUAAUUUGGCAGAUUCCUUUACAAAAGAUGAAAAUAAAACCGAGGAUGAAUAUAUGACAACUGUUAGACCAAGUGCCAAUUGUAAUACAAGCUCUAUAAAUGGUGAUGAGUCUGGAAGUGGGAAUGGAACUGGAAGUGGGUCUAACUCAUCUUGUUUAGAAAAUUCAAUGUCCAGCAGUGGUUUAGAAACCCCCAAUGAUCCCCUCAGAUUUACAGGGAUAUUAACUGGAUAUGAAAACCAUAUUACCAAUGAGUGUCAAGUGAGACCAGGUGCAAGAAUUAAGGAAACAGGAAGCACAGGAGCUGAAACAGUAAAAACAGGAGCUGAAACUGCAAAGGAUCUGGAAGCAAAUUCAGACUUUUCAGAAAAUGUUGAAGAAGAAGAGGACUUUAAAGUGCUUAAAACAAAUAUGGUUGCUCAGGAUCUAGGAUUUUCUUUUCUCAUUGAUGGAAAUUUUGAUGAUAAAGUUUCUUUUGGUAAAACAUCUACGAAUAACAACUUCUUUUACGGAUUAGAGGCUAACUGUUUACUGGAGUGUACUGUUGGUGCAAUGCUACAGUUAUGUGGAUGUGUACCCUACUUCUAUCCAGAUUUUCCUAAAUCAUUUAUAGAAAAACAUAUAAAGCUGAGCAAUUAUACUAAUAGUACAGGCUUUUGCUUUUGGGAUAAUCUUAAAUGCCUCAGUGAAAAUCGAGGUUAUUUGAAUGCAUUCGCUACUCCUGGAACUGAGGAAACAGAUCAAGGGUUGCAUUGUAAUUGUCCAGAUGAUUGUAAUCAAGUUGUCUACUCUAAGGACUUGUCACAAGGAUUUUUAAUAGAUUUCAACGAUGGCCUGGUUCGUAAAGCAGUUUGUAAGGAAUUAUACCAGACUGUAUGUGAAGAAGUUGGGUUCAAACAAGAGUUUGAUGCACUGGCAGAAUAUGCAAUUAAACUAGAGGAAAUGUUUGGAAAAUACGAAACGUUUCCAGGACAAUAUUGGGGUUGUGCUGUCAGGACAUUUAAGGAGAAAAUCAUGUAUACUGCCUACAUACAUGUGUUUUUUAGCGACAUGGGAGUGACUAAAUUCAAAAGAGAUCAAUUGUUUGGAUGGCAAGAUAUUGUAGCCCAGUUUGGAGGAACGGUAGGACUCUGUGUUGGAUUGAGUAUACUUAGUGUAUGUGAGAUAUUCUACUUCUUACUCUGCAGGCGUUGGCUCAAGAAAUAAUAAGGCAGAUAUGUCGACUGUUGAGGGCUCUUCAAAUGCUUUGUAAUAUUUUACAGAUUUGAUUAUGAAACACCCAACUUUAGCCUUUGUUAAAUAUUAGCAUUCAUAUAUAUAUGGUACGAAUGUAUACUGCCCUUUAAUAUUUUUACACCAGGCUUUUUGCACUCAUUUUUCUAAUACAAAUUUUACUUUUUAAUCAUUGCAUUCUAAUU